AAAGCCGAAGGAAAAGGGAAGAGAAGAAGACCCGUUCAACGCUCCAAGCCUCGGGAUUCUGAGGUCUUGAUGGUUAUUUGAAGCGAUCUUCGAUCGUCGCGGCGAUGGCGAACCAGGCGCAAGCAGAGAACGAUCCCACCGAUCCCAUGCCUGCGAGCAAGCCCGUCCGCGUCUACGCCGACGGCAUCUACGAUCUCUUCCACUUCGGCCACGCCCGCGCCCUCGAGCAAGCCAAGAAAUCGUUCCCAAAUACUUAUUUGCUCGUCGGAUGUUGCAACGAUGAGAUCACCCACAAGUUCAAAGGCAAGACCGUGAUGACAGAAGAGGAGCGCUACGAAUCGCUUCGUCAUUGCAAAUGGGUAGAUGAAGUUAUUCCUGACGCUCCUUGGGUGGUGACGAAAGAAUUUCUUGACAAGCACAACAUCGAUUUCGUAGCCCAUGAUGCUCUUCCUUAUGCUGACACCAGUGGAGCUGGAAACGACGUAUAUGAAUUUGUCAAAGCUAUUGGGAAAUUCAAAGAAACCAAGCGCACUGAAGGGAUUUCUACAUCAGACAUCAUAAUGAGGAUCGUCAAAGACUACAACCAAUAUGUGAUUCGGAACUUGGACAGGGGUUAUUCAAGAAAAGAUCUUGGUGUUAGCUUUGUGAAGGAAAAGCGACUGCGGGUGAAUAUGAGACUAAAGAAGCUACAUGAAAAAGUGAGGGAACAUCAAGAGAGGAUUCAAACCGUGGCAAAAACUGCUGGCAUGCAUAGGAAUGAGUGGGUUGAAAAUGCUGAUCGCUGGGUUGCUGGAUUUCUCGAAAUGUUUGAAGAAGGUUGCCAUAAGAUGGGCACAGCCAUCAAGGAUCGGAUCCAAGAGAGCUUAAGGAGUCAGCUAUUGGCUGCAGACCUGUUGCAGAAUGGGAAGGACGAAGACGACGACACCGACGAAGACGACGAGUACUUUGAUGACUAUGGACAGGAAGAGUAUUAUGAUAACAACGAAUAUUAUGAAGAGAAAGCGCAGGAAGUGCAGAAAAAGAGCUAAGCAUUUUGACUGCGAGUGCUGGAUCAUCGAAUCCUCGAUAGAUUGGGAUCUUGACAAGAGAUAGUGCUGCAACAUCAAGAUGGCUAUUGACAACCUACCGGUUCUAAAUUUCAAACUUAGGAGAAGUUUGUCGAUAUUCCAUUGAAAAUAUCACCAUUUCGAUAUCUUCCGUAGGAUAUUUUUCUGUUGUAAUGUGGCGGUCUUUCUGGAUUCAAGUCGCGAAAAUUUUAAAUGCGAAAUAAGUGUGAAUUUUAUUCAAA